AUGACGUUAUUUACACUUACUUGGUUAUCGCUUUUGUUUAAAUUAAAUUAGUAUAUUUCUAUUUAAAUUAAGGUAAAUUGCAAGUUAGUUGGAAGAUUUCUGAAACAGUUUUAAUUUUAUAUUAUUGAAGGAAGUCAUAGCAAUAUAAUAUUUGGUAUUUAUUAUAAUGCUUACAAAACGGGGUGCUUUAAUUGUUAUUGAAGGUGUCGACAGAACGGGAAAAACUACGCAAUGUAAAUUACUCGUUGAAAAUUUAAAAAAGAUGGCAAUCGACGCCCAGUACAUGAAUUUUCCAGACAGGACUACAGAAAUUGGGAAAGUUAUUGAUGCAUAUCUAAAGUCCAAGAAUAAUCUAUCAGAUGAAGCAAUUCAUCUGUUAUUUUCUGCAAAUCGUUGGGAGAAGUCAAGUCACAUACGGAAACUCCUGGACCAUGGUAUAUCUAUAGUUAUGGAUAGAUACUGCUACUCGGGUGUUGUUUUCUCAUCAGCAAAAGGACUAGACUUGAACUGGUGCAAAACAAGUGACACGGGGCUACCACAACCUGACAAAGUAUUUUUCUUAAAUAUGCCCUUAGAGAAAGUUCAAGAAAGAAAUGGAUUUGGAAAUGAAAGAUAUGAAAAUACAGAUUUCCAGAAAAAAGUAAUGCAGAUGUAUAUGAAAUUAAAAGAUGAUAGCUGGGAUAUAGUCGAUGCAAGCAGAACAAAAGAAGCAGUGCAAGACUACUUAUUAAACAGUAUAGUCGAAGUUGUAAAAAAUGUUGGGAACAAACCAGUGAAUAAGAUUGUAUGGACUGAUUAAUUAUGACAUUUAUUUAAUUACAAUUAUUAGUGAUAGUAUGUGAAUUAGAAAUAAUGUGAAAUAAAAUAAUAUUAUAUUUUUA